UACAACUUACGUCUCUUCUCUCAACAACCUUCGACCUGUUCUCAGGCGAAUCUUGGCUGAACCGCUAGGAGAUCUUCGCGGGAAAUCUGCCGCCUUCUUUUUUGGAAUAUAUAAAGAACGAGCAAGUUGUAAUUUCUCGGUGAAGUUUUAGUUGAGUCCAAAUCAUAUUCUUUUUUUUUUCUUUUUUCUUUUUUUUCUGGGUUUGGUUUAGUUUUUCAUGGUCGGUGACUCGGUGCGGUGAGACUGUAUGAGAUGGUGACACAGUUAGGUGCAUUAAAGAGCAAGUUUAUGGUUAUAUAAGAGGUGGGUUUGGUUAUUUAUGUUAAUCAAGUUUGGAGCAUCUCGUGAGAAGAUAACAUUUACCGCGUGCUUAGAGUCACAAUUGGUUCCAACUUCGAAGUUUUGCACCAUCUGUAUUUUCGGCAUUUUAGAACACAAAUUUGAGCGACAAUCUCAUACCAUUGAAGCAUUUACAGAAUUCAUGGUUGCUAUAACAUUGAAGAGUUAAAAGUUUGUGCGAACUAGUACUGGGGAGUUUGAAUUGGAGGAGAAUACAGUUACAAUGUGUAGAAUGACGGGCAAUGAUGGGAAGUGUAGUCAUGGGGAUGAGUGCGAGAUGGGAUUCAAGUUUUUGAGUGGGGUGAAGGUUGAAAAGUCAAAGAAUUCGAGGGUAUUGAGGCCUCGAAUGAAGCUUUUCGUAAUUCGGGUGAUAACAAUUAUGUUUAUUUGUGCUUCUGUUGCUCAGUUGAUGACACUGGGAGAGAUGUGGGGGCCAAGAAUGUUCAAGGGUUGGCCUUCUUGUUUCAGUCCUUCAGGAUUGCCUCUGCCUGGCGAAUUGCCUUCUGCUCCGUACAAAGUUGCUUCCCCACCAAAAAGGGCUUAUAAGAACAAUGGUUAUCUUAGGGUUUCCUGCAAUGGAGGACUAAAUCAAAUGCGAGCAGCAAUAUGCGACAUGAUUACAAUCGCCAGAUACUUAAAUGUCACACUUAUUGUUCCAGAACUGGAUAAAACCUCCUUUUGGUCUGAUCCAAGUGACUUCCAUGACAUAUUUGAUGUGGAUCAUUUCAUCACCUCAUUGAGAGAUGAGGUUCGGAUAUUGAAGGAAUUGCCACCAAGACUCAAGAGAAGAGUUGGAAAGCGAAUGCUAUAUUCGUUGCCACCCAUUAGUUGGUCUAACAUGUCCUACUACCAUAACCAGAUUCUUCCACUGGUGAAAAGGCACAAAGUUGUUCAUUUAAAUAGAACUGAUGCUCGAUUGGCUAAUAACGGAUUACCUAUAGAGAUUCAGAAGUUGCGAUGCCGAGUAAACUUCAAUGCUUUGAGGUUUACAUCUCAGAUAGAGGAGUUAGGUAGAAGAGUUGUCAGGAUUUUGAGGGAGAAGGGCCCCUUUCUAGUCCUUCAUCUCAGAUAUGAAAUGGACAUGUUGGCUUUCUCUGGCUGUACUCAGGGUUGCAACAGUUCUGAGGCCGAAGAACUCACAAGGAUGAGAUAUGCAUACCCCUGGUGGAAGGAAAAAGUAAUAGACUCCACGUUGAAAAGGCAAGAAGGUUUGUGCCCUUUGACGCCUGAGGAAACUGCAUUGGUUCUGAGUGCACUAGGCAUUGAUCGCAAUGUUCAGAUUUAUGUUGCUGCUGGAGAAAUAUAUGGUGGGGAAAGAAGGAUGGCUGGCUUGGUGGCAGCUUUUCCUAAUGUGGUCUCAAAAGAUACCCUGCUGGAUCCCUCGGACUUGAGUUAUUUCAAGAAUCGCUCAUCCCAAAUGGCAGCAUUGGAUUAUCUUGUUUCUCUGGAAAGUGAUCUAUUUGUUCCUACAUAUGACGGAAACAUGGCAAAAGUAGUUGAAGGCCAUCGCAGGUUUUUAGGAUUCAAAAAGACUAUUCUAUUGGACAGAAAACUUCUCGUUGGCUUAAUAGAUCAGUACAACAAUAUGUCAUUGAACUGGGAUGACUUCUCUUCUGUUGUAAAACAAACUCAUGCCAAUCGGAUGGGAAGCCCAAAGAAACGAGUAAUUGUUCCGUCUAAACCAAAGGAGGAAGAUUAUUUCUAUGCCAACCCAUAUGAGUGCUUGCAACUGCUAGAUGAACCUUGAGAAGCACGUGAUUCAUGUUUUCACCCCAUUCUUAUGUACUUAAUCACAGAUGGUUAUCUUAAUUCUUUCAGUGGUUCAAAUACAGAGAACUAGAGAAGGGAUUAACUUCUGCACAGAAAAUUCAGCUUGGAGUGAACUUUGGAAAUAUGCUCCUCUGGAUAUUUGCUUUGAAUAGUCAAUUUUAUGUAUAGAGUGAAAAACCUGCCAUUUUAGAGCUGAUGUUAAAUCAGCUAGAUUGUAAAGAGCAGAAAUUUUCCUACAAUGGCAGUAGCUUUUGGAAUGGUUACAACCAAUAUUCCUGCCCAGAUAUUAUCAUAUUCUUGUACAUUUAUGAGCAUUAAAUUUUUAGUAAGAGAUUCAGGUUC